AUGGCCAAGACCCCUAGUGACCAUCUGUUGUACUCCCUGGAGGAGCUGGUGCCCUAUGACUUUGAAAAGUUCAAGUUCAAGCUGAAAAACACCAGCCUGGAGAAGGAGCAUCCUCGGAUACCCCGAGGCCAGCUCCAGACAGCUAGGCCAGUGAGGCUGGCCACUCUGAUGCUCACCCACUAUGGGGAGAAGUGUGCUGUGCGGCUGACACUGCAGGUCCUGAGGGCCAUCAACCAGCACCUCCUGGCAGAGGAGCUCCACAGGGCGAUUGGUCCAGAAUAUCCAAUACAAGAAAGUGGCACUGACUGUUUGGCAAUGUCUUGUUUAUCUGGGGAGAAUAAGCCUAAAAGCCUAAGGAUACCAGAUGGCCUGGAAGGUGACAGGCAGCAGCAAAGUGGUGAUGGGGCAACCAGCCAGCCUGAGGCCGGAAAGGGGCCCCAGAAGAAACCUCCGGGUAAACGGAGAGAUCAGAAGGGCUCAGAGGGCCUGGAUGUUCAGGGCAAGCCAGGCCCCAGGAGUGUGACUCAGUCAUCCAAAAAAAGUCCAUUCCCAGGCAAGCCACAAGGGGAGAAGGGGAGCAAUUCGAGUGUCAGGCUACGCCGGAAUGCCAGCUCUGCAGGAAGACUCCAAGGACUUUCCAGUGGGUCAUUUGCUGGGUCCCCGGGCAGGAAAGAAUGCAAGAUAUGUGAAACAUGUGUACCUUCAAAAAAGAAUCGACCCAAAAGUCUUGAAUUUACCAUUUCUUCAGGAGAGAGAGAACUGCCCAAUCUAGGAACUCUUCUGCCUCAAGAGAAAAUCAGACGUGAGAAUCCCGACUCAGCAGCUAUCCUCCGCAAAGUGGCCACUCUGGAUGUAGGGGCUACCAUAGCUCUGGAGAAAUGCUCCAGAAAUCCAGAACAUUUUGUGACAAUGGAUGGGGAAGCAUUCAGGAAUAUGCUUUCCAAUAUGUCAUUGGCUGGAGAGGAGAAGACCUGGGAGCAUCCAGAAUCCACAACACCUUCGGAGAAAAAUAAAAAUGAGGAACCAGAGACCCCUGGGACCUCAGGGGAGGCAAUAGGCAGUGAGCUUUUAAAUCCAGGAGUCCCUCCAUCUUCAGGGAGGCCGCAGGAUGAAGCUGUGUGUCCCCUUUGCCGUGCCCAGGAAGGAGACCCAGUUGGUGGCACUCGUGUGCACAAUUCUUGCAGCUGCUCCAUUGCUUCUAGGGAUCCCAAGACCUCGGGGGGUUGCUUGCCCAGCUGCCCCAGGUACCAGGCCUCGCUUCCAACGGAGAGCUCUGGAGGCUUUGAGCGGCAGGAGGGCCUGCUGAUGACCUGCCUGAGCCCUAAGCCCCUGCCGCAAUGUGAGCGUCACAGGAAGCAGGCCCAGUUGCUCUUCUGCGAGGACCAUGGGGAACCUAUCUGCCUCGUCUGCAGCCUGAGUCAGGAGCACCGAGGCCACUGGGUACGCCCCAUCGAGGAAGCUGCCCUGGAAUACAAGGAGCAAAUUCAGAAGCAGCUGGAGCAUCUGAAGGAGCUGAGAAAAUCUGGAGAGGAGCAGAGAUCUCAGGGGGAUAAGAACAUAGUGAACUACCUGAAACAAACUGAAAUCCAGAAGCAGAAAGUUAGGUACCAGUUGGAGAAGUUGCACCGCUUUCUGGAGCAGCAAGAGCAGCUCUUUGUGGCCUGGCUAGAGGAACUGGGCCAGACCAUUGGCCAGGUCAGGGAGACAUAUGACACCCAAGUAUCCAGGGAUAUUGCCCCUCUCAGCAAGAUGAUCGAGGAGCUGGAAGCCAAGCAGUGCCAACCAGAAUGGGAGCUUAUGCAAGACAUCGGAGUCACCCUGAACAGAGCCAAGACACUGACUGUCCCUGAGCCAUGGACCACUCCUCUAGAGGUAAAAGAAAAGAUCCACCUCCUUCACCAGAAAUCAGAGUUUAUGGAGAAGAGCAUAAAGCAUUUCUUGGAAACCCUACGUUCAGGAAUGGAACCCUUCAGUGUUCCGGAACUGAUUGGUGCUCAGGCACAUGCUGGAAAGUGCCCAGAUCAAGUUAAUGUACUUCUGGAUGCAGAAACUGCCCACCCAAACCUCAUCAUCUCUGAUGACCUGAAGAGUGUUAGACUUGGAAACAAGUAGAACCGCAUGCCUGACAAUCCAGAAAGAUUUGAUAGCUGCGUUAUCGCCCUGGGCUCUCCGAGCUUCUUCUCUGGCCACCAUCACUGGGAAGUGGAGGUGGGAGACAAGACAGCGUGGGUCCUAGGCAUCUGCAAGACAUCCAUAAGCAGAAAGGGGAGCAUGACUCUGUCACCGGAGAAUGGCUACUAGGUGGUGAUGAUGAUGAAGCAAAAUGAGUACAAGGUGUCCACCCUUCCCCCAAUCUGCCUGCAGAUGAGGAAGCCCCCCAGGCAUGUGGCCAUCCUCCUGGACUACUUGGCUCGAGACAUUUCCUUUUACAAUGUGACAGCCAAAUCUCACAUCUACACAUUCACCAGCUUCUCUUCCUCUGGGCCCCUUCAACUUAUCCUCAGCCCUAGGACACAUGAUGGAGGGAAGAAUAUGGGUCCUCUCACCAUGUGUCCAGUGGAUGGCCAGGUGCCUCACUGA